AUGUUUGUUAGUUUAUCAAGAAUGUCAUCCAAACCAUCAAUUGAAUUAAUCGAAAAUGUAUCAACAACCAAACCACCAACUGAAAUAGAUGAAAAAAUCAUUCAAAUCAACCAACCUGAUUUUUCUAAUAUUAAUGAAUCAAAGGUUUUAAGGAAAAUGGACUUUCAUUUAUUACCAAUGGCAAGUUUAUUAUAUCUUGUUAGUUUUAUUGAUAGAGGUUCAAUCGCAAAUGUUAGAAUUGAAGGUAUAACUGUUACACUAAAUAUAACGGAAGAUCAAUUCAAUUUAUGUGUCACAAUCUUCUUUAUCACUUAUGCAUUAUUUGAAGUACCAUCAAACAUUGUUCUUAAAAAAAUAGGUCGUCCAUCAGUAUUUGUCCCCACUAUAAUGGUUAUAUGGGGUAUAGUUAUGACUUUAUCAGGUAUUGUUCAGAACUUUGCGGGUUUAUUUGCAGCGAGACUGUUUUUAGGUAUAGCAGAAGCAGGACUCUACCCAGCUGCUAGUUAUUGGAUUUGUAUGGAAUUACAAUUUCGUCAAGCAUUAUUUUAUGGUUCUGCUACAACUGCCGGUGCAUUUUCAGGAUUAUUAGCAUUUGGAAUUGCUAAAAUGGAUGGAAUUGGGAAUUAUGAAGGCUGGAGAUGGAUUUUCAUUAUUGAAGGUAUAGCAACUGUGAUAAUUGCAGUUAUAUCAUAUUUUGUUUUAUAUGAUUAUCCUGAAACUGCAAAAUUUUUAAGUGAAAGAGAACGUGAAUUUGUAAUUUGGAGAUUAAAAAAUGAUUCAAAUGGUGAAAUAACUGAUUUAUCGCAUCCUAACUAUAGCCAUUUUGGUGAACGUGAAGAACCAGGUCUUCGUCAUGCAGUUAUUUCAGUACUUAAGGAUUACAAAUUAUAUUUACAAGCUUUAUUAUUUAUAUCUAUUACAGCACCUUCAUAUGGUAUUACCUUAUUUUUACCAAGUGUUGUUAAAGCAAUGGGUUACUCAACUUCAAAAUCACAGUUAUUAACUAUACCUGUAUUCAUUGUUGCAGCUUUAUGUGCGAUAAUCCAAUCAAAAUUUGCAGAUAGAGUUGGAAUUAGAUUUAUUUUCAUUGCUGGGAACAUGUCAAUCGUUGUUAUUGGUUUCAUAAUGGCCAUUGUUGGACAAGAAACUUCAAAACCAAAUGUCAUUUAUGGUGGUGUUUUCAUUGGCGUCUGUGCAUUAUUUUCAGCUUUCCCUGGUAUGAUUACAUGGAAUGCAAACAAUUUGGCAAAUUCUCAAAGAAAAGCGAUUGGUAUGGCAUUUCAAAUUGGGUUUGGUAAUUUUGGAGGUGUUUUCGCUUCAAAUUUUUAUAAACCUACAACUUUAACUUUAGGACAUUCAUUAGAAUUGGGAUUUUCAUGUUUAGCUAUUAUUGUAUCGUUAGUUUUAGCUUGGGGGUAUAAUUACGCAAAUGUUCAGGAUUUAAAAAAAUUAAAAAAUAAUACAUUUGAAGGACUAAGUGAUUUGGAAUUUUAUCAAAUGGGCGAUAAUUCGCCAUUUUAUAAGUAUAGAUUAUAA